AUGUCUUCCUCUUCUCGGAUUAGCAGUCCUUCGAGAGAACCAUUAUUGAGAAGAAAAACAAGUAUGGACUCUCUUGAGAUCAAUCAAACCAAUGAUAUCACCGUAAAUUCAAAUGGCGACGAAGCAGAGGUCGGUGAUACAAAGUCCCAUCGCAUCAAGAAGAACCUCGAUAAAUAUGAACAAUUGUUUGGUAUCGACGAAAGUUCAUCUGAUCAACCUACAACUACAAGCAAAGAAUUAUGGUCAUACUAUCUUUAUUGCAACGGAAAUAAUGGAGUAGGACCAGGAAGCUAUUCUCAAGCUCUUUUUCAAUCAUCUCUUAGUAGAGGUGGAUGGGAUCCCACUAUUACACCAAUCCAGAAAGGGAAUUGUACCACAGGAGCUUGUGUAAUCCCUUGGGGUUCUGGUACGAGAUCUGUUUCUAGUGCGGUCUUAAUUGCGAAUGGAAUUUGCUUUACUAUUAUGACGAUAAUAUUUGUGGCUUUGGGAUCUGCUGCAGACUAUGGGAAUUUUGGGAGAUGGUUGUUUUUAUUUUUAACUGUUGUUUGUUGGAUUUUUCAAUACGGAAUGAUGUCCAUCAAAGAGCCUAGUCAAUGGCCUGCUGCUAUGGCAUUAUACAUCGUAUCAUACAUUUCAUACGGUGCGACACUAGUGUUCUUUUCUGCAUUAUUUCCUAGACUAGCCCGCUAUAUGCCUCACGUUCGUAAAGCUCGAGACGAAGACCUUAAAGAUGGAAAGAUUAACCAAGCCGAAUAUGAUAGAAUAGAAAGCAUGGAACGAAACCAUAUAAGCAACAUUUCUACCGCUCACUCUAAUAUAGGAUACCUUCUCACACUAGCGCUCAGUCUUUCUGUACUACUUCCAUUGCAAGGGGAUCUCUUUGCCAACAAUCUUGCCUUGUGUCUCACCAAUUCAUACUGGCUUGUACUCGGCCUUCCUUGGUUCCUCUUCCAGCAACCUCGUCCUGGACCACCCAUCCCAAAAGGUAGUUCUUACCUGACCAUCGGCUGGAAACAAGUCUACCUCUCCCUCCUUGAAAUCCGACACCUCCCUCAAACUUUUACAUAUCUCCUCGCAUUUUUCAUGCUGGCCGACGGCCUAAACACUACCUCAACCCUCGUUUCCAUCAUCCAAAACGAAGUCAUCUCCUUCUCCUUCCUUCAAUUAACAUAUCUUGGACUAUCACAAGCCGUCACCUCCACUUUCUCCACAUUCGCAUUCUGGUAUAUCCAACAGUAUUUUGGCAUUCGGACUAAAACAAUGUUCAUGAUCACCAACGUAUUCAGCGUCUUGAUUCCUUUAUAUGGUAUGAUCGGAUUAUGGUCCGAUAAAGUAGGCUAUCACCACGUCCACGACUUUUGGAUCUACAAUAUUGUCUUUGGAUUGUUUCAAGCGCCUUAUUAUUCAUACUCACAGACUAUGAUGAGUGAAUUUACCCCUCGAGGAUAUGAGGGAAUGUUCUUUGGAUUAUUUGGAAUUACCAAUCGCGCUUCUUCAAUAAUUGGCCCAAAUGUCAUCCAAGCCAUAAUUAACAGUUCUAAUAAUAACUGGAUGGGAUUUCCAUUCUUAUUCGCGUUGUGCGCGUUUGCGAGUAUCGUUAUUUGGUUCGUGGAUGUCGAGAAAGGAAGAGAGGACUGUAGAGUCUAUGUCGAGGAACGAAAGCUUAUUCAUCAGGUUAGUGAUAUGCCACCCAGCUUAUAA